AUGGCGCGGUUCGAGCCCGCGGCGCUGCCCGAGCUGCUCCCGGUCUUCUACCGGCGGCUCUUCCCGCACGGUGCCUACGGCCGCUGGCUCGGCUACGGCGGCGUGGUGAAGAACUACUUCCAGCUGCGGGAGUUCUCCUUCACGCUCCGGGACGACAUCUACGUGCGGUUCCAGUCCUUCGGCAGCCCCCAGGAGCUGGAGCGGGAGCUGCAGAGGACCAACCCCUACAAGAUCGACAUCGGGGCCGUCUACUCCCACCGGCCCAACCAGCACAACACGGUGCACCUGGGGGCCUUCCAGCCGCAGGAGAAGGAGCUGGUCUUCGACAUCGACAUGACAGACUACGACGACGUCCGGACGUGCUGCAGCUCAGCCGAGAUCUGCUCCAAGUGCUGGACCCUGAUGACCAUCGCCGUCCGCAUCAUCGACCGCGCACUCGUGGAGGACCUGGGCAUGAGGCAUCGCCUGUGGGUGUACUCGGGCCGGAGGGGUGUCCACUGCUGGGUGUGCGAUGACGCGGUGCGGAAGUGGUCCCCAGCGCUGCGGGCGGCCACGGUGGAGUACCUCACCCUGGUGAAGGGCGGAGCGGAGACAGUGAAGAAGGUGAACCUCUCCGAGCCCAUACACCCCUUCAUCAGGCGGUCGGUCAGCGUGGUGGAGAAGUACUUUGAGGCAUACGCGCUGGUGGGCCAGGACAUCCUGGGCGGCCCGGAGAGCUGGGACAAGGUGCUGGCCCUCGUCCCGGAGGAGCACCGUGAGCCGUUGCAGGGCGAGUUCCCCAAGAAGCGGGACUCAGUGCAGCGCUGGGAGCUGCUGAAGGGCAGGAUGGAGCGGACACGGCGGGCGGCAGGAACCGGGAAGAGCGCGCCAUGCUACGCGGACUGGGAGAUCAUGCUGCAGUACUGCUUCCCCCGCCUCGACAUCAACGUCAGCAAAGGCGUUGGGCACCUGCUGAAGAGCCCCUUCAGCGUCCACCCCAAAACAGGUCGCAUUUCAGUGCCGCUGGAUCUGCAGAGGCUGGACCAGUUUGACCCAUUUGCUGUCCCCACCAUCAGCUCCCUGUGCCACGAGCUGGAUGCCGCCGGGGAUGACGGGGAGCAGGAGGACAGUGGGGAGGUGGAGCCAAAGCGCCGUGCACGGGACUACAAGAAGACAAGCCUGGCACCCUACGUGCGGGUCUUUGAGCAGUUCGUGGAGGAGAUGGAGCGCACCCGGAGGGGAGAGCUGCUCCGGAGAAGCGACCUGCAAGGAGACUUCUGAGGCCUCACUGCCAGAG